AUGCCACCCCAAGACAUUUCCGAGAAGGGAGACACAGGUCUGGGGAAUGGGACGCCUGUUCACGUUCACCACGCUGAAGGAAAGGAACUCUCACCCGAAGUAAUUAUUCCCGACAAGGGCGCCGUCAACGUCCUGCUCAUCUUGGCCUGCGUUGCUUUCGGAUCCGCGUCAUUCCUAUUCGGCUAUGAUGACAAAGUCAUCUCUCCAGUGGCAGCACUGACAGCUUUUGUCGAUACGUUUCAAGGCCGAAACCCCACGACGGGAGCAAUGGUUCUUACGGCCCGGAAUCAGAACCUAGUCUUCUCUGUGCCCCUUGUAGGAUCAAUCAUUGGUGGUUUGUCUGCCUCGCCUCUCAACAAUCAUUUCGGCCGGAAACUGCCGCUGCUUGGCGCCUAUAUCUUUUCGCUGGGAGGCGGCUUUCUUCAGGUGUUUGCCCCUAAUUUGGCUUCCUUCGUGAUCGGACGCUUCUGGACCGCUGCCGUCGUCGGCCUUGCCAACGCUACCGCACCUUUGUAUUUGUCGGAAGUCGUACCGCCGAGCAUGCGAGGUCGGAGUGUAACAUCGAUCAAUAUUCUAUCUCUGCUUUCCGGUGUCAUAUCGACCGUCAUUGUCAAUAGCACCCACACACUCGAUGGCAAAAGGCAGUACAUGAUUCCUCUGGCAGUACAGUGUGCACUGCCUGUUCUAUUGUUUGUUCUCACGAUCGGCCUCCCUGAGAGCCCCCAGUGGCUUGUGAGCAAAGGACGGAUGGAUGAAGCCAGGCGCAACCUGAGGAGACUGCGCGGAUUCAGUGACUGGCAAGUUGAUGACGAGCUUCGGGUGAUGAAGCUGUGCGAGGAAAAUGAACGAUCUCUCACUGCCAACGUUCGGUUCUGGGAAAUCUUUGAUCGAGAGAAUCUGAAACGCACUCUCACGGCGGGGGCAUUUUACUCUCUCAAUCAGAUUUCAGGUAUCAUCCUCUCGACAACCUAUACGACGGUCUUCCUCAUCGAACUGGGCAUCGGAGAUGCGUUCACCUUCACUGUCAUUGCUUCAUGCUGUACUAUGGCUGGUACCAUGGUCGCGCCCCUCGUCAUCGAUCGUGCUGGCAGGCGUCCGACGGCGUUUGUCGGAAUGUCCCUGCUCUUUAUAAUCGACAUGAUCGCCGGAGGACUUGCAUUUAACGCCAAAAACGACAAGGUUGCCCUCACUAUAGCGGCACUUGGGUUUAUCUUCAACUUUUUCUGGGGAGCUUGCUUCUACUCACUCUCUGCCUUGAUGCCGUCGGAAAUCGCUACGCCUAAACUACGGAACCACACCAUGGCAUACACGAUUGCGUGCGCCCAGACCACUGCCGUCAUCACCACGUUCGCCGUUCCCCAGCUGACGAGUGCCGAUGCGGCCGGCCUAGGAGCGAAGACAUAUCUCGUUUUCGGUGGAUGCAUGGCAUGUGUUAUGGUCUUUGUGUAUUUCUUCAUGCCGGAAACCCGAGGCCGUACCUUUGCUGAGAUCGAUGAGAUGUACGAUGCUAAGAUUCCUAUGCGCAAGUGGCGCAAGUACGAAACUACGACGGAGGCGAAGCAAACGACGCUCGUUACUCCCGAGCAGCUAUUGUCCCGAUCCUAG